GGAGAGUCCGGUUCCUCCCCGCGGGCAGCAGGCAGGGGUGACGCGCAGGCCAGGAAGCGCGGCGUGGCAGGGCUGCCAUGGGCGAGACCGAGGAGCAGCCCCCGACCCGGCGCCGCUUCCCGCUCCUGCUGCUGCUGCUGCUGGUGGUGGAGACUCGGACCGGCGGCCCCGCAGCGGCAGAAUCGGAGCCGGAGCCGGAGCCGCCGCUGCUCUUGGUGGCCACGCUGGACGGGCGCCUCCGCGCAGUGAGCCCGGCCACGGGGGACGCCCGCUGGACGCUGGAGGAGGAUCCGCCUCUGCAGGUGCCCCGCCGAGAGCCCGAGCCCGCCUUUCUCCCCGACCCCAGCGACGGCAGCUUGUAUGUGGUGGGGGGCAAGGACCAGGGGGGACUGAUGAAGCUGCCUUUCACCAUCCCAGAGCUGGUGCAGUCUUCUCCGUGCCGCAGCUCGGACGGCGUGAUCUACACAGGGAAAAAGGAGGACUCCUGGUUUCUGGUGGAUCCGGCCUCAGGAGAGAAGCAGAGCGUGCUGUCGCCACAGGCCUGGGAUGGGCUGCACCCCACAAGCCCCUGGCUGUUCAUCGGACGCAGCAAGUAUGUCAUCACCAUGUACGACACCAAGACCCGGGAGCUGCAGUGGAAUGCCACCUACCUGGACUACUCCGCUCCUGUCCGUGAGCGGGACUUGGACUCUAACAUGGCCCAUUUUGCCUCAAGCGGAGAUGGUUGGCUGGUGACGGCGGGCAAGGAGAGUGGAGAGGUGCUCUGGGUGCAGGACUAUGGAUCCCCCGUGGUGGGCGUCUACAGCUGGCACCAGGACAGCCUGCGUCGGGCACCCCACCUCAGCGUAGCCAUGGAGAGCCUGCGCUACCUUAUCCUGCAUGCUCAGAAGAUCCCCCUCCUCAACUGGACCUUCCGGACUGGCAAGGGCUUUGCAGCCAAGACCCCUUUGCUCACAACCCUGUAUGUGGGCAAGCAUGCUGGGGGUUUCUAUGCGUUGACAUCCUUGGUGCAUGAAGGCAUGGCCCUGGUGCCCCAGGGGGUGGCUCUGGCCCAGGGCAGCGGUCCCAUCACACGUGGGGUGACGCUCCAAAGGUCUGGUGAGUGCAAGAUCACACCCAGCACGGGCAUCCAGUACCCGCCGGGCACCAUCUUCCUCCCACACAGCCAGUGGCUGCUGAUCGGUGAGUGCCUGGGCUCUGGGGCCCACCCUGAGAGGCAGCCCCCUUUCCCCCCAGAAGUUGCCUUGAAGAGUCCCUGAAUGGUGGGGGAAGAAAUCCCC